GGAGAGGGAGAGACAGAACAUCUAUUGCUCUUCAGAAUUGUGUGAUACCCACUCAGGCAAAUACUAUUGUGAUUAUUCAGGAUUUUAUUUUAUUUAAUUAAAAAAAAAAUCUUCAUUUUUGGCUGCAGAAAGACAUGGCAGAGGAUAAAACUUUUCGCUACGGGCUGAUUGUCCUGGGAUUUUUUUUGGUGAUGAUUGGCAUGUUUAUAAUGAGCGUUGAUAAGCCCCAUGUCUAUAUCACCUUUUGUUCCAUGGGUGUAUUUAUGGUGUGCAUUGGAAUUACCUGGAGUAUAUGUCAGUGUUAUCCUAAGGUAGGACAUUAUAUUCUCUGUAUUUACUGUGCUAUGGAUAUACUGGUUUUAAAAAUAACUGCUAAUAAAUAAUGGAUUAUGAACUAUAUGCAACACCAGAUUUUACAGUGACAUUUUCCUAUAUUUGAUAAAAAUUAUGGAAUCUGAUUGGGUUUUUCAACUGCUGUCUUUUUUUUAAGAUUUUUAAGAUCUUGUAUUUAAUUCUAACAGAGUUUAGAAACUCCAGGCCACUAACUCCCAUCAUGCUAAAUAUUCCUGUGCCAGCUCAGAUAUGUUUUGUUUUACACUAAUAAACAAUUGUUGCAAAACUACAGUUAGAUAUUAACUUAUUAAGGAAAAAGAGAAAUUGUCCUUUUUUUAUUUAACCGACAUAAAAAAAAAUGUAUAUGACAGUAAUUUGGUUUAUGAAUGCAUAACAAUAUAUUAUCUGAUAUAACAGCAUAUGUGCCAUGUUUAUUAUGUGUUAUUUUAUUUCUGGUAAUAUUUAAAAAGCAACUGGACCUUAUAUACGAAUAAUCAGUUUUAAAUGUCACCAAAUCAUGUUUUCAGAGAAAAGGCAGUGUUUACAUUGCUCCUAGGGAAACCUCCAAAUGGCCACUGGAGGUGCUUCCUGGGGCAGUGCUGCACAGUAGGUAACUCUGCCGUUCAGCAUCCCCACGCUCUACAUAGGGACGCUGAAUUUUCCUCACAGAGAUGCAUUGAUUCAAUGCAUCUCUAUGAGGAGGUGCUGAUUGGCCCCACCCAUUGUCGAUUUUAGCCAAUCCAAUGCUUUCCCCAUGGGAAAAUCGCAAUUCUGAUGAUGUCACCAAGGGGGCAUGGCCAGCGCUGGCAGACCCGCAAGGCGCUGGAAAUAAGGUGAGUUUUAUUCACUUUUAAGGGGGGGCAAACCACCUGAAUGGUGGGUUUUGCACUAUAGGGUCAGGAAUACAUGUUUGUGUUCCUGACCCUAUAGUGAUCCUUUAAUCUAGUUAGUCGUAUUGUACCACUUACAGCCGAUUUGGUUUUGUCAUAUUUUUUAUUUUAUUUUUCUUUUAAGUUUUUAAGUGUGAAUUGUAAUAUGACAUGUACAAUGUCUAUAGUUAUUGCCCUGUUUUGGUACAUCAGCAAAGUAUAAUGUGCUUUUAAAAUGACACAUUUUAAAUAUUGUGAAUCAUUUCCUCCAUCCGCCAGGGUCUCGGAAAAUGGAUUCAACUCAGAAUGGGCACAGGACGAGACAAGGGUGCUCAUUGGCCCCAAUGUAGUAUACACUAUCAAUAGAACCCUUGGCAGCUUAUAUAAGACAGGAGGAGGAAAUCCUGGGAAUUCGCUAUAGCGACCAGACUUCAAAGAUCAUGUUAUAUGCAGAUGAUGUAGUUCUGACACUUUUUAAUCCAGAAACAUCUCUGUUGGCAGUUUUGAAAUGCAUUCACGAUUUUGGUAGAAUUUCUAACUAUAAAUUAAAUUUAAAAAAGACACAAGUAAUUCAUUCUAGUGUCCCGAUUCACCAACUCCGUAGAUUUGGAUAUUCUUACUCAUUUAAUUGGUUGAAGAAUGAAAUGCUUUAUUUGGGGAUAAAAUUAAGUUUCAAUUGGUUUAAGAUGUGUAUGUUUUUUUUCAGCCUGACCUCUGUCCCAUUCUCCUUGGUAUUUAUUUUGAUAACAAACAUGCAGUCAUUCUGUUUUGGAAAACACUAAUGCAGAACAACUAGAACAUUUAAAAAUGCUAUAAACGUGUCAUUAGCAAAGGAAACAAGAAAAAUCCUUGGUACUUAAAUAGGACUGGAUUUUCCUCGCACCUGUUUUCUCCACACUAUGUGUUUAUAUUGAAAGGACACUAUAGUCACCAGAACAACUGCAGCUUAUUGUAUUUGUUCUGCUGAGUAUAGUUAGUCACUGCAGUCUUUUCAGAGGAAAGGCAGUGUUUACAUUACAGCCUAGGGACACCUCCUGUAGCCACUCCUCCUACGGCCACAAGAGGUGCUUCCUGGGUCAGUGCUGCCAACUGUGCAGUACUGAAGUUCAGCGUUACCAUGCUCUGCGCAAAGCAUGGAGACGCUGAUCUUUCCUCAUAGAGAUGCAGUGAUUCAAUGCCUCUCUACGAGGUGAUGCUGAUUGGCAGGGAAGCGUUUGGAACCAACUCUACCCCGCCUCUUUGACAAUCUCAGACAAUCUGAUGCUUUCCCUGUGGGAAAGCAUUGGAUUGGCUCAUAUAAUCAAUUCUGAUUAUGUCAGCCAAAGAUACGGAACGGGUCGGGGCAAGUGCCUCCAGUCCUGUGGAGAGCUGGAAGUAAGGCAAACUUUAACCCUUUCUAAGGGGCUGGGGGGGGGGAGUCACCUAAAUAGUGGUUUUAACACUAUAUGGCCAGGAAUACAUGUUUGUGUUCCUGAACCUAUAGUGUUCCUUUAAAGGGAACUCUGUACCACUGCUGAUUUCUUUUAAGCAGGAUCCAUCAAUACCCACACUGGCUUCCUGUAAAAUGUAUUUGCUUUAAAACCACCCCCUCCUCCUGCCCCAUAUAAAAAAAAUAGUUUUUAAAAAGCUUGAGGGCUCCAUACAUCUGCAGUAGACCACAAACACUGAAAUCGGUAGACCACAAACACUGGAACCCAUUGUCUUUCUAGCGAUUGAUAGCAUUACUCAUACACGAUGCAGGGAAUGAGAUGGACAUUGUAUUAACAUUACAAGAGAUUUUGCUCUUGCAUUGACCUCCUCUUUACAGUACAUUUUCACCCAGCAGUCAAAGAGUUAUAAUGGGUUUUAAUAAAGCAGGCUCAGAAUGCUUUCAUUAUCAGACCCAUAAUAUCUUGUUUUAAUCAUUACAUGCCUGAUGUUUAUCUUUUGACCUUCUUACUUCGUUUUCCAGAUCACCUUUACUCCUGUUGAUAUGGAAGCCGCUGCAUUAACAGAGAAGAGUUCAGGAUACACUAAUAAUGAAAAGCCGGAGAAACCUUGGUACAUCUAACGAACUUCUCAUUAUAUCUUAUUAUAAACAUUGGCAUUACUCAUCUCCUCAUCCUAUUCAAGGUCAAAUAUUAUUAGGAUGUGUAAAAUGGAAAAUAUGCAGGUAGAUUUCAUCUGAAUCAAAGGAAUGUAAACAGAAAUAAUAAAAAACAAAAUAAUAAAGACUUUAGUCAUAACAUUCAGUUCACGGAAAUAAAAAGAAACCAAAAACAUAAAAAAACAAGCACCCAUAAAUUUAACUUCUUCUUCAUAACUACCCAUUGGUGAAAGUUAACAUUAUUGAAAAAUCUGGUUAAAGCAGUGUGCAGACUGGGUCCUUUGACUGUUUUGGACCAUAUUUAUAAUUCUGGGUGAACCCAACGUCUUAUACCCCUUUGUUAGGUUCAAAUGAUUGUUUUCCCACUAUAUGUUAUUAUAAUAGACCAGGGCUUGAGUGCAGUGGGGGUGACGAUCCUUUUCUAGAUGGAAUUCCUACAUUUUCUACUCUGCUGGAUUAGGAAUAAUUUAUAUAUAUAUAUGCCAGCCAAUCAGGCACAGAAACAGAUUGAUUCUCUGUGUGAACUUAAAAUAAUUCAUAUUUGUAUAGACUAUUUAGACCACAAUGACAGUGAACUCUAGUCAUUAUGAUUCUUAGAGUAAAGAAAAUAAAUAAAAACCUAAAACUUCCUGACUUUGAAAAAAAAUACAUUUUUUAAAUGCCUGUUAUACCUUGUUUUUAUUAUAUUCUAUUAUUUUCAUUUAUAUAUGGAAGGAAAGGAGUCGGGAGACAGGACUUGUGUAUUAGUAAACAAUAAGAGAGGAAUUAUUAAGUCCCUGAUGAAUUUUAACUGCUACAUCUGUAACUUAUGGUUUGUAGGUCAACCACUCACUAUACCACUAGUAAGGAGGCGGAACGCUUUGAAACAUCUUUGCCAUCGUAUGAGCAGAUUGAGAAAAAAGUAGAGGGACCUGCUGAGCCAAAGGGAGACCUUUCCAUCCCGCCUUUCAUGCAAACUACGUUAUCAACCGGUUCAAAGUCUAAGCUUCAAGCCAUGGUUGAAAUUCACGAGAAUUUAAUUGAUGUUGCAGGAAUACCGAAUGGGAUAGAAGAUACAGAGUGGUGAGUAGUAGUCUUCCUCGAAAUGUGUACCGUCCCCGGGCAAUAUGGCACAAUGAUUCUGGCUAGACCUGUAUGUAAACAAAGGAAUAGGAUAUGAUGGAUUUUUAAGCCAAUGUCAACCAAUGAAAACCUUGAAAAAUGAGCAAUGGAUCAGAUUUACCAAAUGCCUUUAUUUGCAAGUUAGAUUCCCUUCCCUUUUCCUUUUUUGUUAACCUGAUAUCCUCUAGGGAAAUUAUAGGAAUGAAAUAGAAAGUCUACCUUCACCCUACAAUGCUAUUUGGACCUGGUAAUCUGAGGAGAACCAGGAUAUGGGCAAGAGAUAUAUCCCUAGAUCCUUCCUAAUGCACUGUAUUGCAAACUAUUAAAUUAAUAGUACUUUUCAUGUUGAUUAUACCUGUAGGAAGCAGGUGCUGCUGGGUAAACUCUCUACACUGUUUAGAGAAAUUUCUUAUUAGUAAUAAGAGGUUGUAUAAAGCGUAAGAAACAUUGCGGCUAAUAAUACCAGAACAUUCUUUGUUCAUUAUUUUGUAGCCAGUCAGAUGAUCGGAAAGCUGCGCCCCUUGCAUUGGUGGAAGGAGACACUAGCUCAUCCUCUGAUGAUAGUAGCAGUAGCGAUUCCUCUCUGAAGAGCUGUGAUGCAGUCCAGAAUGUUGAAACCAAAAAUGAUAUAAAAGAACUUCUGGGAAGCCCUUACUCUGGUGAAGUGCUUACCCUUAUAGAUGCAUCGGUACCAACGUAUGAAAGAAUAAAUCCACCUUUGGAACAAGGAAGAGCUUUAGGACCAAACUGGGUGCUGGGCGCUGACGGAGAAGAAGAAUUUGUGCAAACUUUGUUUUUACCUGAGCACACGCAAGAACCAGAAAUAGAUGAAAUGUAUUACAGAUUGGAAGAUGAGCCAGAUAAUAUAUUGUUUGCCGGGGAAUCAGACUUGGAACAGUGACAGCAAAGCUGAUAAUAACAACUAACAAUCUGAGGGUUGCCUCUCUUUUAAACCACAGAUGAAAAACAAUGCCAAAUACUGGAUAUCUAUAAAUUAUUAUACUCCUCAGUUGUGAUUUUUUCAAUGUGUACUUGCAAAAUUGAAAGAGUCCAUGUUCAGUAGCUUAAAAAGCACUCUGAGUAUUUCAGAAGUCCCUUACUGUGCUCCAUGUAUGCUCAGAGAGAGGAGGUUGGCUGCCUCGCCUAAUGGCCAUACAGUGCUGGUACAAGGAAUUAUUUUACUUGAACCAAAAAUCCACAUUGCUGCCAGCCCCCUUGUACCAUAUAUACCUUCAGCCUAUUUUUCAUUCUCAACUUUGCUUCUCUUCUCUGGUAUUUCCCUGUUAUCUCUUUCGGCUCUCUGUUAGUGUUUUUUUUAAAUUGGUUAACUGUGUGUGGUGGCUGUAUGGGAUGACUGUUUGUUUGCUAUGUGUAAAGCUGUGCACUAUGUUUGGGGUAGCUGCUUGUGGGUAACUGUAUGUUGUGGAGUGUGUGAGAAACAUAGAAACAUAGAUUGUGCUGGCAGAUAAGAACCAUUUGUCCCAUCUAGUCUGCCCAAUUUAAGGCUGUAUGUAUUGUGUAUGGGAAGACUGUGGGAGUGGGUUGGCUGUCAUUAUGUUUGUGUUGUGUGGCAUAGGUUGUUUACGUUGUGUCUAGUGUGUCCGUGUGUUUUUCAGGGCUGUGUGUGUUGUGUGUUGCCUGUGAGGUGAGGAUGUUGUGCAUAGGAUUGCUCUGUGUAUGUGUGUGGGGAGGUUAUAUCUUUGAGGUGACUGCAUGUGGUGGGUGGAUGUGUCUAGAGGGAUGUGUGUUUUAACUGUGUGUUGGGAGGCUCUGUGUAUUGUGUGUAGGAAGACUGUGUGGGGAAUGAUGUGUCUGUAGGGUGGUUGUGUGUCAUGUUGGUGGCUUUGGUUGUAUUUUUUGUAGAGGUUCGGUAUUGUUUGUGGGGUGGGGAGGCUUUGCGUGCAGACGCUGUGUGUGGGGAGGCUGUGCAUAGUUUGUGUGGGUGGCUCUUUGACUUCUAUGUAUGUGUGGCGAGGCUGUGUGUGUGAGAAGGGUUUGUCUGUUGAGGCUCUGUAUGUUGUGCUUGUGUGAAGGCUGUGUAUUAUGACCAGCCUUCCUAAACAAUACAAUAUUAGUUUUAAAAACUUCAUACACCAUGUGUUUUGAAGCCGAUACUAUGUUUUUUUUCUGAGAGAUCAGACCUGCCAUCUCUAAAACUACAUCCACAGCUCUGCAAGAAAGUCACUAAAGCCCUCCCUGGAUGUGUGGUGAUAUGUGCUCACCUGGCCAUAAUUGGUGGUUAAACAAAUAUUUUAGUUUUUCUUAUAUUUUGCAGUCCUUGAAAAAGAGCAAGUCACUGAUUGCAUACUUCAGGAACAAGUAGAUCUGACCAAGUGUCCAUAAAUAAGGGAUGCACCAAUUCAGUCAUGUUGUAUACAUGUAGAUAUAUAUUUUCCACUAGUUUAUAUCAACGGUUUUAUAUCAAAAUAUUGAUUGGCAGGCUGUGACAAAUUGUUCUAGUUGCUAAUCCUAAAUGAAGGUAAAUUAAGUCAACUCUCACUCCAAUAAAGCUAAUUAGUAACUCCUUUAUGUUGCACAUUAUUACAGAUAUUGUAUAAUAUUGCUUUGUUCUAAUGAUUUACAAAACUCGUUUAGCAAGAUAUGUGAAUUUUGAGUAGUAUUUUACAGGUUAAUUAUCAAAACAGUUUACUGGCUAAAAUUAUAGUUAACAUUUCAAAUUCAAAGUGUUAUUUGCAUAUUAUUAUUUAUUAAGGACCAACAAAUAGAUAGAAUAUUCAGUUGAAAAGUAUACCAACAGAGUUAUUCACGAAGGUGAGAAUUCAGAGUGAAUUUUAAAUUUAUGAUCUAAGCAGUCGAACUGGAAUUUUUAAAUUCACUUUGAAUUUUCAAUUUAGUAAAUAUCCCUUAUUUAAAUAGUUUGAGAGUGCAGCAACGCACUUAUUAAAUUAUUAUUAUUAAAGGAAAUUUUGUACUGCUUAUAAAUUGUGGAGUCAAGGGGAAAAAAAAAGCUAUUGAUCUUCAGCUUUUUUCUUUAUUUAUUAUUGAAUAUGAAAGGAUAUAAAAAGAGAAUUUAGAGAGAAAUUAUUUAAUUGAGAAUGUUCUUCAUUAU